AUACCUGACCGGUCGCUGCGUCCAUACGAUUCUUCUUCUCCAAAAAACAUCUUUUUCUUAACUCCACCGCCGCCGCCCCAACCGCUGUAACAAAGUCCCGUAGCGCUACAAUUUACAGUGCUUCGACCGCCCACCCCGCCUGCAGUGUGUGCCUGUCGCCCACCAAAAAAAAGGAUCUGAUAAGCCGCCCGCCAUCCAGGUGGUGCCACUUUUCAACAGUUUUUCGUCAGUAGCCGCCCUCGUCUGCCGGUACUUCGGAACGGAAAACAGGCUCCGCAGCUCUGUUGGCAAAUUACUGUGUCCCCAUUUGCAAGUCAUUUAUAAUCACGAAAGUCCCCCAGCAGCCAUGGCUCCGUCCGCCAACAAGCAGCAACACGUCCCGACACACGUGCCCAUCAAGCAGAAGAUGGCCGUCUCGUUCCGCUCUCUCAUGUCGUCGGUCCUGGGCAAGGGCGAUGAGUCUGGCCCGACGCCCAUGCUCAGCCUCUUUACCAAGACGGACCCGGCCAAGGACGGCGACGACUGCCUGCACGAUUGCGAGGGCUGCUCUGUCAAGUAUCCGCGGGGCUUCAAGAUUGAGGAGGACGACAUUCUCUACGGAAACGUCAAGGAAUGGAGCACGCAUGUCCUGAUUGCCACGGGCAAGACCGAUUGGGUGCGCGACUCGGCCGAUGAAAAGGGCAGUGUCAUGGAGGCCUUGGACCGCGCUGACAAGCCUACCAAUGGAAAGAUGAAGAUUUCCGCAUCCAACAUGUGCACCCCCAACGACACAACCGACUACUCCGAGCCCACGACCGUCCUGCUUCUCCCGGCCUUUACACUCGUGCGCAAUGUCCAGCCGUCGAAUGCUGCGCAGUUUGUCUCUGAGAUUGUCAAUGUUGCGCCGACAAAUACAUCGCCCGUCGCCAACUUUACGCUGCCGGCCUCGGUGCCCAGCGCGGUGCCUGGCAUCCCCGACAUCACAACCGAGAGCUGCCCGCAUAGAGUCAUUGUCCUGUUGUGCAGUCAAAAGACUCGCGACGCCCGCUGCGGCCAGAGUGCGCCGCUGCUGCGAAAAGAAAUGCAGCGCCAUCUGCGGCCGCUUGGUCUCGACCGCGAUAUGCACGACAACCGCCCCGGCGGCGUGGGCAUCUACUUUAUCGACCAUGUCGGCGGCCACAAGUACUCUGCCAAUGUCAUGAUAUACAGACGGCCGAAUGCCUUUGGCCAUGAUGAUCCGGUCGAGCAGGCAGACGCCACAAAUGGCACUAAUGGGACCACGAAUGGAACCAAUGGAACCAAUGGAACAAACGGCCACCACAGCGAAAAGACAGACGGCGAGCUCGGUGCGGCGCAGUGCAUCUGGCUGGCGCGUGUUAAGCCCGAAGACUGUGAGAAUUUGGUCCGCUACACCAUUCUCAAGGGCAAGGUCGUGAAACCAGAGUCGCAGCUACGAGGCGGCUUUGACCGUUGCAAGGGCCUGAUGAGCUGGUAA